CUGCCAGACUGUCUACUGCUGUACCUAGAGUCUAGUUAUAAAUAGACGAUAUGGAAGGAAAUGAUGUGGUAUCGCUCAUUAAAAUCGAACCAAAACAAGAAGAAGAAAUCAAUUCCGAUCUCCAAGAAAACAUUUUAGUAAGCAACAAAGCAUUGGUUACAAUAAAGGACGAAAUUGCCGUUACUGCACAGUGCUCUAUAUCGCUCGGGCUCGAUAAUGAAGCUGUACAACAACAAAGUGAUGGUGAGUGGAAUAUUAAAACUGAAAUUUCAAACGAUUUUAAAUGUGACUUCGAUCAACAAACAACAAUUAAGCGACAAGUUGAACAUGUUUUAAAGCAUAAUACUUCAGAAGACUUGAACUGUGCUCAAUGUGAUUAUGGAACAAAGAAUAAACGACAGCUUCAACGACACAUUUUAACACACAAGCCUAUUGUGCUACAAUGUGCUAAUUGUGAUUACAAGACAACCAACAAAUACCACUUUAAACGACACGUAUUAAAUCAUACCGAUUCUAAAGAUUUUAAAUGUUCUACUUGUGAUUUUGAGACAAAUAACAAAUGCUACUUCGAAAAACACCUUUUGAGCCAUACUGAUUCUAAGGAAUUUAAAUGUGCUAAUUGUGAUUACAUGACAAGUAACAAAAACUACCUUAAAAAUCAUCUUUUAAGACAUAUCGAUUCUAAAAACGUUAAAUGUGCUAAUUGUGAUUACAAGACAAAUCACAAAUAUCAGUUGAAACGACACGUUUUACAACAUAUUGGUUCUAAAGAUUUUAAAUGUGCUAAUUGUAAUUUCGAGACAAAUUACAAAACCAAUUUUAAACAACACCUUCUAAAACAUAUCGAUUCUAAAGAAUUUAAAUGUGUCAAUUGUGAUUACAAGACUAAUAACAAAUACCACUUUAAAGAACACCUUUUAAGACAUACUGAUUCUAAACAUUUUAGAUGCGUUCAUUGUGAUUAUGGAUCAAAUACUGAACGAUACCUUAAACGACACCUGUUGAAACAUACCGAUUCUAAGGAUUUUAAAUGUGUUAAUUGUGAUUACGAGACAAAUUACAAAACCAAUUUUAAACAGCACCUUUUAAAACAUACCGAUUUUAAAGGUUUUAAAUGUGCUACUUGUGAUUACUGGACAAAGAACAAAUACCACUUUAAAGAACAUCUUUUAACGCAUAUUAAUUUUAAAGAUCUUAAAUGUGCUAAUUGUGAUUACAAGACAAAUAAGAACUACCUUUUAAAACGACACAUGUUAAAUCAUAAAAAUUUUAAAGAUUUUAACUGUGCUCACUGUGAUUAUGCAGCAAAUAGUGAACGGUAUCUUAAACGACACCUUUUAAAACAUAAAGUUUCUAAAGAUUUUAAAUGUGCUCAUUGUGAUUACGGGACAAAUUACAAAUACCACCUUAAAGAACAUCUUUUAAGACAUACUGAUUCUAAAGAUUUUAAAUGUGCUAAUUGUGAUUACAAGACGAAUAAAAACUACCUCUUUAAACGACACAUGGUAAAACAUAAAAGUUCUAAAAAUUUUAACUGUGCUCAUUGUGUUUAUGGAACAAAUAAUGAACGAUAUUUUAAACGACACCUUGUAAAACAUACAGUUUAUAAAGAUUUUAUGUGUGCCCAUUGUAAUUAUGAGACACAUAGCAAAGUCUGUCUUAAACAACACCUUUUAACACAUACAAACUCUCCUCAGCUUAAGUAUUAAUUCUUUAGUGUGACUUCAUGAGAGUAAUAACAUUUAAAAUUUUGGCUAAAUAAUUGUGGAUGUGGUAAAAUUUAAGGAUCGAUUAUCUCAGAGCAUGACAAAGAUAGAGAUGCCUUGGUUGUGGUACCUACUAAGGUGUUUGGUUCGAAUUCGAGUUUGUGCAUUUGUAAAUGUAUAGUGGGCUGGGUUGGUUGAAACUCCGCCUACCUAAAAACAAAGAAACUAAAAAGAACAAUUAAUAGCACAUACAAUUGGAAGGAUCUAAUAAAUAGUUUUUUUAUAGGGAAAGUUUAAUGGAAGGUUUUCCAUAGUUUUAUAGCAUUUACCACUAGCAACACUCA